UGAUCUGCAUGUCCUCGAUGGCCAUCAACAACCUUCCCCGCAUUGAAUGCGGGGCUUCGAGGGCCUCAUGCCAGUGGCCCCAUGGUCAGGCAACACCCCCAUGACAUGUUCUUUUACGUUCAAUAUCUCAUGUGGAGACGAACGAUCAAGGACAUCGAUCUUCGGGGCACACAGCGCGCUACCAUGGCCAGGAGAAACUGCGGAGAACGCUGCAUGCAUCAACAAAUCAUGAUACAAUGGCCUCAUUGACAACGCUAAAGAUGGCCCGAUCAACUAUGAUCAUAAAUGAUCCAGCAAUGGGUACUUCCGACUCGAUGCAUCGUCCUCAUCGCGUUUCAUGAUCAGUAUUUACAGAGUCUGGAGAGUGGGCUACGCUGUGAAUUGAUAAGAUGGGCAAGGUGGAUCGCUGACUCCCCCGAUGAAACAUGUAUGGUCGUAUCUCAGAAUGGAAGUAUGCAAACGUCAUGGAUGUUGUGUGGUACCAGGUGCAUCACUUCGACGGCUUCUCUGGAUUGAUCCUCCCGGGACGUAAUCUGCGAUGCUGGUGGUGGCUUCGAAGUCUUGUCGUCAUUGCUGCAACCUCAAGGCCAACAGCACGUAUUUAACUAAUUCCCACAUCGGGCGACAUAUCUGAUAUCAGAGACGGAUCUUCGACAUGACCCUGCUCGUCUGAUGUUGAGACAUUAUUAAGGCUGCCUGGUUGGACAGUUCUUAAGAUUAGGAGCCGCUGACACGGCGCUGAGGACCGGUCAAACUUGAGAGGCUAUACGUCUCCAACAUUCGUAU